GUUCGUCAGAGACCCAGCCAUUGGCUUUUUUUGUCUGGAGCCUCUCGGAUUAUAAAAGGCUCUCUGAUUGGCAAGUGAGUUGAAUACGUCGAACCAGUGCCGGUGGAAGAGAGGAUAAUCAUUUGUAUUCAGUCGGACAACAGGCAAUCGACAGGUACUACCAGACAUUUCCGUUUUGAAGUUCAGCGACACACACACCGGCUUCCUUUUAAGCGAAGUAAUUUACAGUCAUCUUUCAAGUCGAAGUGAGGAGAGACUCUGCAGCCAUGCCUGUCAACAUUCAUAUCAACAGCCCUAAUGUGAAGUACACAGAUGGACACAUUGUGUCUCAGUAUUCCUACCACACCACAUCAGUUCACAGAGAGGGGAACACAAUCACAGUGACCCCCCAAACCACCGAGAUGACAUUUUGCACAGAGACGCGUGUGCCCCGGCUGGGUGUGAUGCUGGUGGGAUGGGGAGGUAACAACGGGACCACAGUCACAGCAGCUGUACUGGCCAACAAGCUGGGUCUCACUUGGAGAACCAAGACGGGAGUGAUGGAAGCAAACUACUUUGGGUCCCUCCUGCAGUCGUCUACUAUUUGUCUGGGAUCAGGGUCUGAGGGCGAGGUCAACGUGCCUCUCCGUGACAUCCUACCCAUGGUGCAACCCAAUGAUAUAGUCUUUGAUGGUUGGGAUAUUUCUUCAAUGGAUCUUGGCAGUGCAAUGGACAGAGCUCAGGUGUUUGACUGGUCACUACAAGAGCAGCUGCGACCACACAUGAGUGGCAUGAAACCCAGACCCACCAUCUACAUCCCGGACUUCAUCGCCGCAAACCAGGAGAGUCGUGCGGACAACGUCCUCACCGGGACCAUGGCGGAGCAGGUGGAGCAGAUCCGAGCUGACAUUAGGGACUUCCGUCAGUCGAGUGGUGUGGACAAGGUCAUUGUUCUGUGGACCGCCAACACAGAGCGCUUCUGUGAUAUCAUACCGGGGGUCAACGACACUGCACAGAACCUGCUUGCCGCAAUUCAGACUGGAGCAGAGGUUUCUCCCUCCACUCUGUUUGCAGUGGCCAGUAUACUGGAGGAUUGCGCCUACAUCAACGGCUCUCCACAGAACACUUUUGUACCAGGAGCCAUAGAGCUGGCCGUGCAGAAAGGCGUGUUCAUCGGGGGAGAUGACUUCAAAUCAGGUCAGACCAAGAUCAAGUCAGUGCUGGUGGACUUUCUGGUCAGCUCUGGUAUCAAGCCGACCUCCAUUGUCAGCUACAAUCACCUCGGUAACAACGACGGGAAGAACCUGUCGGCUCCGGCGCAGUUCCGCUCCAAAGAGAUCUCCAAGAGCAACGUGGUGGAUGACAUGGUGAAGUCAAACCCCAUCUUGUACCGGCCUGGAGAAAAUCCUGACCAUUGUGUGGUGAUUAAGUAUGUCCCCUGUGUGGGAGACAGUAAGCGUGCCAUGGAUGAAUACACUUCUGAAAUAAUGAUGGGAGGGACCAACACUAUUGCAAUGCACAACACCUGUGAGGACUCUCUUCUAGCCAGCCCAAUCAUCCUGGACCUGGUGAUCCUGACGGAGCUCUGUCAGCGUGUGACUGUCCAACCCCAGGGGGAGAAGGACUUCCAGUCCUUCCACAGUGUCUUAGCACUGCUCUCCUUCCUCUGUAAGGCCCCCCUGGUCCCAUCAGGGUCCCCGGUCAUCAACGCCUUCUUCCGCCAGAGGGCCAGCAUAAUAAACAUCCUGAGAGCGUGUCUCAGCCUUCCUCCUCAGAACCACAUGCUGCUGGAGCACAAGCUGCAGAGAAACUUCCUGUCUCCAUACAACACCUACAUCGCUGACAAUGGGGCUGCUUCAAAAAAAGUUGUCCAUACCAAUGGUGUACACGUGCCGCAAACAAAUGGUAUCCAUGCACGUGAAUGAUGAAUUAUGACUGCAAAUACCACACUACAGCCCAAUAUGGAACUGCAACUUAAUAAACUGGAUUAAUCUAUCAUUUAUAAAAAGAACAACAUCGGUUUAACACCUUUUUAAAAUAGACUUAACUUUUAGGUAUUCAGUGAAGAAUGGCAUAGUGCUGCAACAUUUAUAUUUGCAGGCAGUUGUCCUCUACAGGCACUGAGCAUCAACAGAGGCCUACAUGAAUCUCCACACAGCGUAACAAUGUUCAAAGCAGACUAUUUUAUUAAAAAAUAUUUCCCUGUUUUUUUGUUUUAUUCAGAAUUAACCAUGUAUUGAAUAUUUAAAAAAGUAAAUGCACUUUAUUUGCUUGCCUUUUUAUUCAAGUAGUGUUCUGUGUUUAAUGCAUAUGUAAACAAAAUACAAUUGUACUGUAAAGUUCUUAGCAAUAGGUCCUUAUGUUUAAACAAGAAAAUGUGAUCUCAAUUGUGCAGCUGUGAAAAAGUGUCAUUGAUAAAUGCUGUAUUUGUUGUUUAAUGACUGAGGGGCGUCUUCCUAACUUACUGUAUUUUGUUGUUGUUUAUCACUGACUUUCCGUAGCCAUCCAUAUUCUUUGUUUGAAGAUGAGUUACAGAAAACAUGGAUGCAGUUAUGACUAUUUUGUUUAACAGUAACCUGGGCUGUUUUAUUUACAAUAAACCUUCAAAUAUUGUUUAUACUUGA